AGGCCGAGCGCCGCCCUCUUUCCCUGACGGCCGUUGUGGUGGCUGUUGUGCGCGCGCAGCCGGUCUCUUCCCCGCCUCCCGCUCCUGAAACUUCGGCGCCAUCAUGGGCUUUGGGGAUCUGAAAUCCGCCUCGGGGCUCCAGCUUCUCAACGCCUUCCUAGCCAGCAGGAGCUACAUCGAGGGGUAUGUCCCAUCCCAAGCAGAUAUUGCAGUUUUUGAAGCAGUUGGUGCACCCCCUCCUCCUGAGCUGUUCCAUGCCCUCCGCUGGUACAACCACAUUAAGUCUUUCGACAAACAAAAGGCAAGAUCUCUGGUUGGAGAAGUAACCAGCAACCCCCUCCAGUAUCUCUGCCAAGAAAAUUCCAUGGACAAUAACAUCAGGCAUAUAAAAGUCAUGACGUUGGAAGAUAAGCCCCUCAGGUCGGAAGGCGUCCAACAUGCUACUAAGGAAGAGCGGAGGACAAGAACAAGUAGAUCCAGAGCUGAUAAAGCGGGUGGGACAAAGCCAAAAGGACACUCAGUUGUGGAUGUGCCUGGAAGUGAAAAGAAAGCCGAACGCCUUAAAGGAAAAUAUUGCAUAGGCACCUGGAAUGUAAGAUCCAUGGACCAUAGUAAGCUGGAUGUGGUCAAACAGGAGAUGGCAAGAAUAAAUAUUGACAUCUUGGGCAUCAGUGAACUAAAAUGGACCGGAGUGGGCGAAUUCAGUUCGGAUGACCAUCAUAUCUACUACUGUGGUCAAGAAUCCCAUAGAAUAAAUGGAGUGGCCCUCAUAGUCAACAAAAGAGUGGCGAGAUUGAUACUCGGAUACAAUCUCAAAAAUGAUAGAAUGAUCUCGAUACGAUUCCAAGGCAGACCUUUGCACACCACAGUAAUACAAGUUUAUGCACCAGCUACCGAUGCUGAAGAAACCGAAAUUGACCAAUUCUAUGAAGACUUACAAUGCCUUCUAAAACUGACACCAAAGAAGGAUGUUCUUCUCAUUAUGGGGGAUUGGAAUGCUAAAGUAGGGAAUCAAGAGAUAAAAGGAACAACUGGCAAGUUCGGCCUUGGAGUCCAAGACGAAGCAGGGCAAAGGCUAAUAGAGUUCUGCCAAGAGAACAAGCUGGUCAUCACAAACACUCUUUUCGAACAACACAGGAGACGACUCUACACAUGGAAAUCAGCAGAUGGGCAGCAUCGAGAUCAGAUUGAUUAUAUUCUCUGCAGCCAAAGAUGGAGAAGCUCUAUAGAGUCAGCAAAAACAAGACCUGGAGCUGACUGUGGUUCAGAUCAUCAGCUUCUUAUAGCACAAUUCAAGCUUAAACUGAAAGCAGGGAAAACCACUGGGCCAGUAAGAUACAAUCUAAAUCAAAUCCCUUAUGAAUACACAGUGGAAGCGAGAAACGGAUUUAAAGAUUCAGAUUUGGUGGACAGAGUGCCUGAAGAAAAAUGGAUGGAGGCUCGCAACAUUAUACAGGAGGUAGCAACAAAAACCAUCCCAAUGAAAAGGAAAUGCAACAAAGCAAAGUGGCUGUCCAACGAGGCCUUACAAAUAGCGAGGGAGAGAAGGCAAGCAAAGUGCGAGGGAGAUCGUGAAAGAUACAGGAAAUUGAACGCAGAUUUCCAAAGAAUGGCAAGGAGAGACAAGAGGGCCUUCUUAAAUGAUCUGCCUGGAGUGAAGAAGGCGUUGGGAAAAUAUGGCCCUUCAGAUGUUGAGGACUCAACAGGCACAGGUGGAGACAGCAAAGAUGACGAUGACAUUGAUCUCUUUGGCUCUGAUGAAGAGGAGGAAAGUGAAGAAGCAAAAAGAUUAAGGGAGGAGCGGCUUGCUCAGUAUGAAUCAAAGAAAUCCAAAAAGCCAGCGCUCGUUGCCAAGUCGUCCCUCUUGUUGGACGUGAAACCUUGGGAUGAUGAGACGGACAUGGGCAAAUUAGAAGAGUGUGUCAGAAGUAUUCAGGCGGAUGGCCUGGUUUGGGGAUCUUCCAAGCUGGUUCCAGUUGGUUAUGGAAUCAAGAAACUUCAGAUUCAGUGUGUAGUUGAAGACGAUAAAGUUGGAACCGAUAUGCUGGAAGAGAGGAUCACUGCGUUUGAGGAUUAUGUUCAGUCCAUGGAUGUGGCCGCUUUCAACAAAAUCUAAGCCCCAAUAGCACCAGGAAUAAAACAUUAGCAACACUCGA